GGUGCUUCCCCAUUUCGGUAGGAAAAUCCAUGCCGACCAUUGACAUUAAUUUGUUCCAUGCCUCCACUGGCCAUGUCAACGAAUUCUUGAUGCGUGAAACGGCCAAGCAGCAGGGCGUACGACUGGUGGGGGAGAUGCAGCCGUGUCUGGGCUGCGUGGAGGCGAAGGGCAGGCGGGCACCGGUGCCGCGGCGUGGCACCCGCGCGGCGGUACCGUUCGGCAAAGUCCAAAUCGACCUCACGGGCCCGUUCUCUGACGCGCUUGACGGCUCCCGGUACCUGAUCAUGUUCGUGGACAGCGCAUCGCGGUGGCAACGGGGGUACGGGAUGCGGACCAAGAGCGACACCCUGAAGUUCGUGCAGUGGUUCCUCGCCGACAUGAACGGCAUGGGCACUCCGGGGUGUUUCCGCGUGGACAACGGCGGCGAGUUCACCGGCUCCGCGUUCGCCUCGUUCUGCGACGCUGCUGGCAUUCGGCGCGAGUACACCACCCCCGACACCCCCAAGCAAAACGCGGUGGUCGAGAGCGCCAUAUGGUGCGCCAUGAAGUGGGGCCACGCCGCGCGCCGCCACAUCCUCGCCAUGGGCCACGUCGACCUCUCCUCCAUCCCCAACGUCGGCGUCAACGGACAUCGCCUGUGGCUCGCGUCGGCGCUGUGGGCAUCCGCCUGCUUCAAUCGCUCCGCGACGAAGGCCAACCUGGGCUGGAUGUCGCCGUUCGAGGCGUUCUUCGGCCGGAAGCCGCCCCUCACCAUCGUCCCUUUUUUCCAGGAGGGGAUAAUGCGCGUGAAGCGGGCCACCAAGGCGGACGUCCAAUCCUUGCGGUGCUUCUGCCUGCACGGCGCCAACAACCACUCGACGUCUACCGCCGUCGUUCUCGCGCUGACACCGGUCGCCUCGCCCGCACGAACAACGUCGUGUGGGUCAACCGCCGGGCAGGAGCGCCGGCGUCGGUGCCGGGCAUCGGGGGGGGUUCUUCGGUCACCGCGGCACCCUCGCCGGCCGCCGCCCCGGAUCCGAGUCUUGGAGGCCGUGGAAGCGGGGGGGCUGUGGGAGCUGGGGGGGGCGUGGAUUCCGGCGGAGGGGGGAAACCGCAGAUGUUCGCAAACGAUGUUCGCCACCCGCGAGGGUGUGGACGCCGCUAUUCGCUCCGAGCGCCCGCCCGAUAAGAUGCCGGACCUUCCUCACUGCCUCGCCAGCGACCUCCGCGUGCCGAAUACGUUCAAGGAAGCCAUGCGGUCUAAACAUUCAGUGUUGUGGGAUGAUGCAGUCGGUGGAGAGUUUUUCGGUUUGUUGGAUGCAGGAACUAGUCCGGUGUAGCAACCAGUAGAAUACGUCAUCAAUGCUAAGUGGGUCUUUAACUGUAAGGCAGACGAGUACGGAUGGCCGACGAACUUCA